UGGAGUGCCAUCUUUUUUAUGUUCUACAUAGUCAUCUGCUGUAGCCCAGAUUUAACAAAGGGCAUCAAAUCUCCCCUUUGCCCCAUUUUUUGUUUUCUGUUCCUAUACGCAGGGGCUGCAUACGUAAGCAAAGACCAGAAGAAGGAGCUGUUGCUAUUCAUUUUCAGUUCAUUCAUCAGUAUGUCGCUGCUACGAUGUCUGGUCUUUCAGCUCAGCAUGUACUUUAUUUUAUGCCUUGCUGGAAUGAUUUCACGGACAGAACAAAGUCAGGAUGUUCUAGAAUUUCCCAUGAAGCAACGCUAUCCUGUAUUUUACCUUUACAGCCCAGAUAAGUUGUAUGUUGGAGGCACGAACAUCCUCUACUUAUUAGAUUUUACAACAAAGGAAAUAAAUAAGACAGCUAUUCAUUUGAAGGAUUGCACAGACUGUAUGAUCUAUGUGACUCUUGCUGGACAAUUAAAUAGAAGUCUGAUUAUCUGUGGCACCAGUGGAACCAGGACAGCAUGCUGGAAGCUGGAGGAGAACAAGAUUCAGCAGUAUAGUCUCCCAGAAGAAUUUGUACCUCGAAUGCCAGAAAACAACAAUCUUGUUUUAAUUAUAGAGAAUGAGGUAUAUUCCACAAACAAUGGGAGGAGAGACAAGUAUAUUUUCAAGAAAAUUUAUGGUCAACAGCCAUUUUUAUACACAGGAGAUGGUUUUAUGAGAAAGCCUCAUUAUAUAAAAGCUCUGGUGGUGGAUAGUAAGGAGAAGUAUCAAGAUAAGAUUCUUCUUUUCUUCAGAGAGGAUAAUGAAAAUGUCCGAUCAACAGAGAAGAGAAUUUCCAUGGUGGCUCGUAUGUGUAAGGAGGACUCUGGACCAACAAAGCUAUCUUCUUACUACAUGUUCAGCACAGCACUGAAAUCCCGUUUGAUAUGUGGGUAUCCUAAAAAAGGACAGUAUUUCCCACACCUCCAGGAUGUUUUUCUGCUAAAGGGCAUAGAGGAAAACCUGAUUUAUGGGCUGUUCACAAAUGCAUGGAAUCACAGUGCUGUCUGUUCUUACAAUCUUUUGGACAUUGAGAAGACCUUUAGUUCCUCUUCCCUGUGGAAUGCUCCAGCAUCAAACCUAGCCAUCCGUCCUGGAACGUGUAUUCUAGGUGAUCGCACUCCAGAAGACACAUUUAACAGGGCAUCUAAGUAUCCCGAGUUGCAAGACUGGAUAGAACCGUCAGGGAAGGAGGCUGUAUUUCAGAACUUAAGUCACUACAGAAAGAUUGUAGUGGAUGAGGUGAAAGCAUUAGAUGGAAAUAGCUACAGAGUCAUUUUACUGGCUGCAGCAGGUGGAAGUGUACAAAAGCUUGUUGUGAUGGAUAAUGGAGACCACAGUGUUCAUAUGAUAAAUCCCUUCAAUGAAACAAAGGAGAUCCUAUCCCUGAUACUGGAACCCACAAUGCAUGUCCUGUAUGUGGGGACCAACACUGAAGUGAUCCGCCUUCCUCUGGAUGACUGCACUGCAUACAAUGAAACUUGUGAGGCCUGUGUCAGUUCACGUGACCCGUAUUGCAGCUGGACAGAAAGUGGAUGUCAGUCUGUUCUGAAACAGGCACAAGGCUUGCAGAAUAUCACACAUGGAGUUGACGCCAGGUGCUUAAAACAAAGUACAUUUAUGCCAAUUAGGGGCAAUGUAAGCGGAAGGAAAAAGGAUUAUGGUUUGAUAAGUCCUGCAUUACCACAGGAUGGUGCCUGCUGCUGGAGAGAGGAGAACAAUGACCUCAAAAUCUGUAUCACUCACAAUGGCACCUGCACCCUCCUACUGGAAUAUCCAGAGAAUCAAAGGCAAGAACAGCAAGGGGGCAUGCAGUGUGUAGCACUCAAACGCACACUGAAUGUGGGCAAUGGCUUUGCAGCACAAUCCCAACAGCCAGUAUUGAUAGUAGUACUGCUUAUGGGCCACCUUAAACUCAUAUACCUGUGCUUUGGUUUGUAGGCAAGAAUUGGCCAAAAAAGGUGGUUUGUGGGUGGUAGGGUAACAGUAUCAAAUUUUUAUUCUAGAAAUGCAGGCCUCUACAAUAUAUUUAAGGUUAUUGGCAUCAAUAUCAGUCAUUAAACAUCAAUCAUAUCAAACAUCAGUAAAGCUGGAGGGAUGAUGCAGAAGACUAAAAAUGAUCCACUUGGAGUAACAAAAAACACACUGCUUUUAGGCAACGUUAAAUAGUUGUUACACUGAAUGCAGAAAAUGAUCCCAAACCUGUAGCACUACAGGAAUAACUGGAAUUCAUUUCUUAACACAGUUUGAAGGACAUAUCUCCAGCCCAAACCCUAUCCAACAUGAAACUAGCCACAAACAGGCCAAUACAAGCUGCCACCUGGGAAACCUAUUGGCCUAUGUAUGGGAAGGUUUAGAAGCUAUCAUCAGCUGAGUACCGCAUUAGCCUAUUGAUGCCAAUGUUUGGUCAGCUUCCAAAAUAGAUUUUUGAUCUGAUUGGGACUAAACAAUUGCAUUAGCCUGAUUUUGCCCAUUAAUUGGGUGGCCGAAUCGGGAUAUUAAAGUGUAUGCUCUUAAGGGGCAAUAAUAAACUAGAUAGUAAUCCAUGAUUAACUUAAAUAUUAAGGGGUGAACAGACUGAUUUUAUUAUGGUAACAACUAUGUCAACUCUCUGUCCUUCAGGCAGAUGUAGCCCUACAAACCCUUUUUAUAACAUAAUUGUUUUAUUAUGAUAUAACCCCAAAACAUGUAGGUCAGUGGAUAACCAAUUAAGUAGAUGUUAAAAUUCAGUAUGGGACAUACUGCUGUAACCAGCCUAAAGCCACAUGGGUCUGAGUUGGCACAAAACACUCACCAUGGAUUGUUGGCAGUAAAAAGUUACCUGCUUACUAUCUUACAAUGAAAGGAAAAAAUACACCCAGCUUAAAGUAUUAUUUACUUUAUUUACAUUUCAUUACACAAAAUACAUUUUUAGUCAAAGCAUCUUCAGGUUAGACAUUGAAGGGAUUCACUAAACUGGAUUUAAUUUGAACAGGAGUUUGAACCCACAGCAACCUAUCAGCUAUUAGUUUGGAGCAACUGCAGUACAGCUACCAAAAGCAUAAUUGCUAAGGGUUAAUUCUCUAUAAUAAAACAUACACUUGUUACUCAUAUGAGAGCCAAUAUGUGUUUUAUUUGAUUAGGACAGGACUACACACAAGAUUGUUUGCCUCUCCACUCCACUUACAAACCAUCUCUUUUUCUGUACUGUGAUAAAAUGUAGCCUUGUCUAAAGUGGCCUGAACCUCAGUUGCACAAGGUCCAUUUACUUAUUUCACUAUUGUUUUUAUUGUGAAAAAUGUGGAGGUUUGAACGAGAAGAAUCUUUUAUAGCUGCUUAUGCACACAUUGUGUAAUAUAAAUAGCAAUAAAGGUGAAAAAUAAAUCUGCAGUGUUACUAGUUUUAGUUCAUGGAAAGAAUGGUCUACUAUUGACAAACCACAACUUCAAGAACACCUCAACAGCUUCAGAUAAGCAGUAAUGGUUAUUUUAAGGUUGAGGGGUUAGGCCUAUUGUUAAGGUAAUUGAAGUGGGUCUUCAGAUAGAGAAUUAGUCUUAAGGUGGCCAUACACAGGCCGAUUGUAGCUGCCGAUAUCGGCAGCUUAUCGGCCCGUGUAGGGGCAGGAACGAGGGGCAUGCCCGACCGAUAUCUGGCCUGAAAUUGGCCAGAUAUCGAUUGGGCAGGUUAAAAGAUUGUCGGAUCGGGGACCACAUCGGCUCGUUGAUGCGGUCCUCAAACCGAUUGCCCAUUGCCGCCAUUAUAAAAUGAUUGUUUUGGCCCCAGGGCCAAACUAUCGAAUUAGCCUACAUUUUCCCCAAUAUCGCCCACCCAUAGGUGGGGAUAUCGGAAAAAGAUCCACUCGCUUGGCAUGUAUGGGCACCUUUAGGGUUUGACAGCGGAAUGAUUCCUCACCUUAAAAGGAAGAAUUGCAGCUUUCAGUGGCUAUUAGAUUUUUCAGUGUGCUUGUUUAAGAGUUAAUUUAUGUUAGGUUGUUUGCACUUUAAUUGUUAAUAUAUACUUUGGUGUUGUGGUUUAUAAUAUAAGCUGCAGCCUUUGCUGUCCAACAAAGUUAAGUCUGGAUUUAUAAUGGGAAGGGUUUGUGAUAAGAAAUCUUUAGGUCUCCUACAACUAGAUGAUUGAUCCCUCCAGUGAUCAGAGCUACAGGGCCAGAUAUUGCCUUGCUUUCUGGGGAGGGAAACUUUGCCUAGCCCCCACAGAAGUCUAAACUGCCCCUCCUGAUUAUGUGUAAAGGGGGUAAAAGUAAGGUAGAGCAUAGAAUGGGCCAGGCUAGUUGGCAUAACCCCACGAGUUACCAAUUCCGAUGUCAUUCAUUUUUUACAGGAUCAUAAAUGCUGGCUUGUUUUGCACACUUAUGUCCAACUGUACCAAAAAUCUAAAAAGCAGAUGUGUUUUGAAUGUAAAGUGUCCUGACUAUUUCCUUUGUUUCUUUAUACUGCAUUAAAAUAUAUUUAUUGUAAUUA